AACAUACUUUGAAAGCAAACAUCAGUAUUUUACGAUUUUACGAUCGUCUCCGCACUAAGUGUCGUAUGCUCAAGAUUAACAGGCGGAAAUAGAUUAAGAUUCAAUCAUCUCUCAUUACGGAUGCGGUUGUGGGUUGUAGAAAGGUCUAGGAAAUGAAAUUAUGGUUUAGUGUUUCAUGGAUGGUUGCUAACUAGGUCUAUGAGUAAAAUUGUAGCUGGAGUCAUGACCGAUGUGUGAACUUGAGUACAUGUUGGUCUAAUGCGACGACGAUGUAAUAUCGAUAUACUAUACUCUUGGAUGGGUAGGUAAAGCAGUUGGGAAUCAUUACGCCGACAUUCCGAGAUUUACAGAGCCUCAUGCAAUUUCGUAAUUUAUUUAUCUGAGAAUUUCUAUACACCACUGACAAAGGUCUAGAUCACGAUGGUCGAUUCUAGCUUCUCUAGGCUGUCAUUGAAAAGACCUGAAAGCCUCAAACGAUUGGGAAUAUAUGAGGAGAAGAGAGAAUGGUCAAGCGAGACAGACCUGAACCAUCUUCCACCACUGUCUCCUGUUUCACCAAGUCCUACAUCACCACGAAAAGAUCAAUGCCGUGGACUUCACAACCCAAGACCGCCAACCCCAAGUCCUAACAACAGAAGAGGCGAAAACUUCUUCUCUGUAAAGCCUCGUAUAGGACCAUYGUCACCUUGUAACUCUACGAACAGGCUUUCUUUGAACCUUGAUCUAAGUCCACUGAGGGAGAGUAGCGAUACUCUAGAUCGGCGGUUCAAACGAGACAACUCGUUUGAGAAACCUGACAUUACAGAUAGUCCAAGGCUAUGUGUGCGAAGUCUACCCACUAGCCCUGUGUUAACCAGGGAUUCUAGACCACGUCGACCCAUGAGACGCAUUUAUAGCGACUCUGAACGAGGCAAUGAAUUUUCUAAAGAAGAUAGGAUUAUUCGAUGGAUUCAAGAUGUGCAGCAAAAAAGGAAAGACAAUAGUGUAUGCAUUGAUGCUGAAGAUUUGAGUGAGUUUUCAUCCACAGCUUCGACAAGUGAUUCGAGUGAACUUGAACUGGGAAGCAGCCCUAGCCUACCCGCUAUUCAAGAGCAUUCGGUCUAUAGCUCUCACCAAAAUCUAAGCUAGCAUUACUUCAAUUGACUACGUAUUCAAAUACUUUACAGAUGUUUGAUUUGUGAUAUGACAAGUUUGGGAUUCUUAAUAGAUAAGACGACGAUUCGAUGGGUCAAGAUGUGAAAAUGGAUCCUGAAGAUUUGAUAACAAAUAUCUGACAAGGUCGAAUAUUCAGAGUUAGUGAAGACGACAUCUACCGAUGAAGACAAUAUUAGGUUCCUAAUAAUGUUGCUGAAUGGACUUUGGCCACAAAGAACUGACUAAAGACUGUACACUUUGCGGUUUUCAUAGUGGGGGGGAUGACAAAUGAGAAAACAACAGCUGGCUUCACUGAAAGUCUAACUGGCAUUCAAACUAACUUAUUGCAAACCAGAGCUUCAUUUUAGUCCUACUAGAGAGUGCCAAUGUGGUUACUAUAGUUAACUGAUUAUUGGCCAAAUAAAUAGUAGUUGUAACUCACAAAUAACCUAAAAUUAGUGGUUAACACUUAACUUAUAUUUCAUUAUUUUUAGGUUUUAAUAUUAUGGCCAGCGCCCGUACUGACAAUUGUGUAUCCCCAUUGGCACCCUCCUACUACUAGGAGCUAUUUAUGUAGAUAUGUAUAUACUUUGUCUUCCUUCCGAAAUAUAAAGCAGUUUCAUUAACAUUUUAAGUUGUGUUUACUUGAAAACGGAGUUGAUCGAUGACUGACAGUAAAGGCUUAAUGAUGAUGACUAGUAGCUGCAGCCGGUUUUGAAUAGAACUGAAAUACCAAUYGUUGGACUCCAAAAAAGCAUAAUCUUUCAUUCCUUUACCAUUUGCUCGUAACUAGUUUUCAUAAUUUUUAGUAUUGUUUAUUUUUAUUCAUUUUUCUGGACAAACAAAAUUCCUUUGAUUUGUUAUCAGGCAUAAACUUCUAGUGCGUCUAUUUUGAAAGGCUUUUGAAUACACUGCUGUGUUUGCGAUGAUCUACGUAACUUUGGAAUCCAAGUCCUGACUUCUGCCACCAUAAGACGUACCACUAAAAUCGCGUGGCGUGCAGACGUUCAUAUAAAGGAAGACAAUAAAGUACAGCCCAAUACUCUUUGAUUUAAUUUUGAUUAAACGACAUUAAAGCGUGAAGGAUCAA